AUGGCUGCAGCUGCAAGCAGGGACGAGGGAGGUGCGAUGCAUCCCGGGAGUGUCAGUGGAGUGCUACUCAGAGCUUUCGAAGACUGGACCAAGGAGCACGGUGCUCUUCGUCCUGCUGACAUCGGUCGGUUGAUGCGCCAGCAAGGCUAUGCCCCAACACAAGCCGAGCUGGCACGAUACGCCAAGGCCGCAGAGAUGGGCGCUAGCGCCACCGACUUUGCCGCCUGGUGCCGGGAGACGGGGUACAAGGAUCCUAGCUUCGAAGAGCUGAUCUCCUUCUUCGCCCCGUUCGACCCGGAGGGCAGUGGCUUCGUGCCCUCCCGCGUGUUCCGGCAGCUGCUGAGUGUUGGCGAGGCAUUCGAUGGUAAGGAGCUAGACGCCGCGCUUGGGGAGAUCCGAGCGAAGGCAGGUGCAAGCGGCGAGGACCUGGUGAACUACCGGGACUUCGUGACUUUGGCCUUGGAAAGAUGA